AUGGUCAAAAUCCCCCACUUCGCCGUCGCCGCCUGGUUCGACGAAAAUGCUCACGAUGCAAAGCACGAUCUUGCAGGCACAGCCUCGGCGACGCUGUCUAUCAAAGAUCUCAUAGAGAUAUCGGAGCACAGCGAAAAGACUAAAGAAGCGCUAGAUUUCAAUCUCAUCAACCUCAACUACAACAGCCCCAUGCGAGGUGGACAUCAGUUGAGAGACAAUCUGGCUGCCCUCUACUCUGCUCGGGCUGGGGGCGUCACGCGAGAUGAUAUUCUUACUUGCAAUGCCGGCAUCGACGCCAACUACAUCGUUCUGGCUGCCCUGAUCGAGCCAACAGACCAUGUGAUUUGCCAUUGGCCUACCUAUCAACAGUUGUACGAAGUACCCCGCUCGUUAGGUGCAGAAGUCUCGCUGUGGAGAACGGACGCAUCCAAGAAAUGGCAGCUAGACAUCGAAGAGCUCAAGGGACUCAUCAAAGAGAACACCAAGAUGAUCAUCGUCAAUGUGCCGCAGAAUCCCAGCGGUGCCAUUAUUCCGAAACCCCAGCUUGAAGACAUCAUCGAACUUGCAGAAGAGAAGGGUAUCAUUGUCUUUUGCGAUGAAGCGUUCCGACCGCUGUUCCACAAUAUUCUUCCUUCUGACGAUAACUUUCCCAAUUCCAUCGUGAAUAUGGGAUACAAGAAGACGAUCGCCAGCGGCACAAUGAGCAAAGCCUACGGGCUGCCCGGAAUCCGCGCCGGCUGGAUCGUCUCGCGAGAUCCGCAGAUCAUUGCGCAAUGCUUCAAGAUGCGAUACUAUACCACCACAACGGUUUCGCAGCUGAACGAGGCGGUUGCGGCUGAAGCUUUGAGCGACCGGUGCAUUCAUGCGUUAUUGGCAAGGAACAUUCAAUAUUGCAAGACCAAUGCGGAAGCCUGGCAAAACUUCAUCGAUGAGCACAAUUGGGCCUGUUCAUGGGUCAAGCCUGUCGCCGGAACGACAGCCAUGGUCAAAUUCCACAAGAUGGGCAAGCCUGUCGAUGACGUCCAGUUAUGUUUAGCUCUUCAAAAGAAAGCAGGAGUAUGCCUCAUUCCUGGAAGUAGGUGCUUCGGCGACGGAGAGUAUCUUAAAGGUUAUGUUCGAACAGGAAUCGGUCUCGAUCCCAAGCAGGUAAAGGAGGGUUUGGCUGCUCUAGCAAAGUUUAUGGAGGAUGACUUUGCAGACGUACCUGUUGCAGCGAAGUAG